AGUAAUUAAGUAAGUUUACCUUACAGGUAAACACUAUUAUUAUGUUCGCCGGAGUAGAUUGCAUAUAGCCUAAUCGUUAGAUAGUUAUUUACAUAUACUGUCAGCAUAUUUGUCUAAAAGGGGUCAAGAAUUAGUUUGGUCUCGGCUUUUUACUUUCAAAAUCAAGUAUAAUCUGUAGAAGAAACUCUUAACGUGCGCCCCUUAGGGCAAACGAGUUCUGGCUUGGCAAUCAACUUGAUAAAUAUUCAUAAUCUGUAUUUGCGAAUAUCGAAUUAGAUUAAGAAUCUUUGUGGCUGGCAAAGGGAGCUCGAGUCGAAUUGUUGACGGCGACUUGACCCCAUUUCGCUCGAGCACUCAUCUAAAAUAGAACCGCCGCCAGGUGCCCGGUUAAGAGAUACUUAAUUAUGACGCCGGCGUCCAGAGACGCGUUGCGAAAGUCUUCGUUUUUAGUUGCCAACCAAUCUGGUCAACAGUUACCUUUGAACGCGUAACGGCAACGGGUCAAAUCAUGGCAAAUCUACGCAGCAUUGUCUUGCUGCUAUUGGUGGCGCUCCUUGCUCUGGCUGCCAUCAGCAGCGCUUCGGCUCAAAAGAAUAAGAAGCAACAGCAACAGCGGCCCAAGCCGGUAAACCCCAACAAGCGCCCCCAGCCACACCAGGCGCAAAGACCCCAAAAUACAAGGCCCAAUAAGCAACAGCAAAGUAAGCCCAACUCCAGGGUGUUUACCACAACGCUGCCGGAGCUGGGCAAGAUUCGUGGUCGCACCUUGCUCACGGAAUGGACAGGCCAGAAAGCUAUGCAGUUCCUAGACAUUCCCUAUGGCAAAGCGGAGCGUUUUAAGCCGGCGGAACUCACGUCGUCUUGGAAGGGCAUUCUGCAGGCACAUCGUCAUCAUGCCGGCUGUCCCUCUAUACAGGAUUUGGUCAAGUUCGCCAAAAUGGAGGAGAACGGUAUUGAUAUUGAAGACUGUCUGCGCUUGACAGUCAGCACAAAAUCGCUGGAAGGUAAACUGGCUCCUGUCAUGGUCUAUGUACAUGGCGACUUCUUCUAUGACGGCGACACUGUGGAAGCUGCACCUGGCUAUCUGCUGGAGCGCGAUGUGGUUUUGGUGUCGGUGCGCUAUCGACUGGGUCCCUUCGGCUUCCUGUCCACGCUGAGCGAUGAAAUGCCCGGCAAUGCGGCGGUGACAGAUCUCAUCUUAGCCUUGCAAUGGAUCAAUGAACACAUUACGGCCUUUGGUGGCGAUCCAGAGCGAGUGACUCUGUUCGGCCAGGUGGGCGGAGCGGCGCUUAUUAAUGUGCUCACGAUGAGCCCGGCUGUGCCAGCGAACCUGUUCCAUCGUGUCAUCUAUAUGUCUGGCACAGCCCUAUCUCCGGCCUUCAUCACAGAUUCCCCACUGACGACAACUAAGGAAAUCGCACGCAUUGCCGGCUGCAAGCAGCUCACCAAGUCGGACGCACUGCACAAGUGCUUCAAUCGCAUGAACGCCACCAUGCUGCUGGCUGCCUUCAGUGUCUUUGGCGAAAAGAAGCCUUUGGUGCCCUCCGGUGCGUACGGUGGCGUCCAGCUGGUCAUUGGCGGGCCAUCGGGCAUUCUGCCAGAGCAUCCGGGUCGACUGCUCGCCGCCGAGAAUUUUACAGCCUAUCCCACCUUGGGUGGCAGUGUCAAGCACGGCGGCACCUUCCUGAUGAGGGAUCUCUUCGUGGAUAGCUUUAAUGAGAGCACUACAGAUGACAAGAUGACCGGGGAGAAGUACAUUGAAACAAUUAUUCAGCAGAUUAAUGGCGCCGAUACCACGAGCUCUUGGCGGGAGUUCGCCGAAGAGUAUAUUUUCAGUGCCGAGGACAUUCGGAAUGGUAGCUUCAAGCGCCUAACACCGGGUCUAAUCGAUCUUUGUAGCACGAUCGCGCUGAAGAACCCGGUGCUGUUGGUACUCCAGGCCAAUGCCAGGAAGCUGGCGAACAGCACUUACCUGUACACUUUUGACUAUGAGGGCGAGCUGAAUCGCUAUGCCACCGGCGAGGAAGAGGCUAUCGAUGUGCCCUUCGACAUGGGCGUCAGCCUGACCGACGAGAAUCUCUAUCUGUUUCCCUGGCCGCGCAUUAAUAUGCUGAACGCCAACAGCGAUGUCAAGAUUGCCAAACGCAUGGUGGCCCUUUGGACCUCCUUUGCGGCCGACGGUGUGCCCAUGGCGGAGGGUGUGCCCGCCUGGCCCCCAAUGAAUGACGAAACUGGUCCGUACAUGCAUAUCGGACGUACAGUUAGCUUUGGCGACAAUUACCUGGACGAAUAUAGCAUUGGGGUGCAGGAAGUGAAGCAUGGCUAUAACCUCGUCAAUGAGGACUACUAUGAACUCGAGGCAGUGCUGCGUGAUGCCCUCAAUAAGCAGGAAGAGCCAGCUGAAGCCGAGAUAGACGAGGACGAGGAGCAGGAGCAAACCAACGAUGAGGCCGGAGCCACCGAGGCGCGUGGCCAGAACCUGGUUUUCAUAGCUAGAAAAUCGACACGCGUACAACACUAA